GCCCCGCCGGCUUCAUCAUUCAACAUCAACGAUAGUCUUGAGAAUAUUCAUGCGUUAUACCUUGUUUUCUUUGAAUCGAAGACAGCAGAAGUAUAGACUAUUCCAGAGAUAUUAGAUUCGCCAUUAUGACAUCCAAAAUCGACAAGACAAUUGCUCGACAGCAAGAAAAAAUUGCAGCAGGCUCCUACUACGAAGCCCACCAACAACUCCGCGUCAUCGCAGCCCGCUACCUCAAACAAUCCAACUACGAUGCCGCAGCCGAAAUAUUAACGGGCGGCGCAAAGGCUCUUUUGAGAGCUGGCUCGCAACAGGGUGCCUCUGCGAGUGGUGGGGAUUUGGCGAUUAUGCUUGUCGUUGAGGUUUACAACAAGGCUGAGUGGGAGAUUGGUUUGGAUGAUGCUGAGUCGAGGGGACGGAAGAAACGUCUGAUUGAAUUGUUGCGUGAAUUUCCUCCUGAUGAACCUUCUCGGAAGAGAUACAUAACCGAGAUAAUUAGCUGGAGUUCAAAAUUCGGUCCUUUAGAACGUGGAGAUCCGGAACUUCACCAUGCUGCUGGAUCUGUUUAUGCUGAAGAAAAUGAGCCGUAUGACGCCGAAAGACAUCUCAUCCUUGGUACCACAGACUCCGCCGAAACACUCGCAAAACUAGAAUUCGAAUGGUACACAGCCGACGACGCGCAUACAGCAGGGAUAUACGCCUCCAGAGCCGUCAUCCCAUACCUUCUCACAGCAAACCUGCGCAACGCCAAUAAAGCCCUUCUCAUCUUCACAUCCCGUCUCUCAGCAGCGUACCCUUCACUCGCCUCGCAGCAAGUUAGCAGCACAAGCGCUGACGUACGGAUUUACCCAUCAUUGCCCCUGCUCAAUUUCCUUAGUCUGCUCUUGAUUGCCGUUCAGCGCGGUAGUGCAGAUCUCUUCCGGGAUUUGACGAGGCAUUACACCCCUCACAUUGAGGAGGUUGGUAUUUGGGAUGAUGCGUUGGCGACUAUUGGAGAGAUGUAUUUCAACAUCAAGAUUCCGAGACAGGGGAAUCCAUUGUUGGAUAUGAUGGGUAGUAUGUUUUUCGGAGGUGGUGGUGGUGGUGGUGGUGGAAACCAGCGAGGGCAGAGCAGGAGAGUUGAAGCGGCUCCGGCCAGUGCUGAGUUGGACUAGAUGUGUCCGAAGUGGCAUGUAUAUGAUCAUUCUCGACCACAGAAUAGUACCCUUGUCUUUUAAUAAAAUCAUGUGUUGAUUAAGAACGUGCCGUUCACACGAGAGGAUCAUCCUCCGG